AUGAUCGCAAUUUCCGAACCGAUCGCAAUCUCCGAACCCAAUGACGAGUACAACCUCCAAGAGGCGUGGGAGCGUGUGUGCCGCUCGUUCGCGCAGACCACCAAGGUUGAUCAGACGUCCGCGCCCAAUUACACCAUCGAGGAAGUCCUCGAGCAGAUCCGCGUCCGGGAAGCGGAGGAUCUCGAAAAGAACGCCCGAUACAAAGAGGGAAGGCGGUUAUCGAUAAGACGCUGGCAUUGUGAAGGUUAUCGGGGGCAUUGUUGCGCAGGGCGCGAGCAUGCACAGGUGUUCGCGCCCAGCAGCCUCUGUUUCAAUGCGAUCGCCUACCGGGCAAAGACAUACGCAUUGAAGAAAGACUCUGCGCCGCCAUUCAAAUUCUCGAUGCAACAAUUGAGCGGGUGGCUGCUGAAAAAGAACAGACGCCACCCGGAGGACUUGGCCCUCGCAAUGUACAAGGAUCUUCUCGACGAGCACUCGGGCGAGUACGACCCGCUGAAGAGGCUUCUCGCAAGUUUCCAGAAAAGGAAUGACUAUGAAAGCGCCCUUCACUUCCUUCGUGUUUUAGAGGGCUCCGUCGACCCCACCACGGAGCUCGACCGACGCACAGCUGCAAUGGCUAUUGCUGCUGCUGAGGCGGAGCGUGAGGCGGAGCGAGAAGCACUGAAAAAUGGAGAAAUUGAAUCUCAAGACCUUUGGAUGGACUAUUACCUGGGCCAUCAACAUGAGGAUCGCAUUCACGCCAUUGAGGAGUGGGAGCGUGUUCUGGAUGUUUGUCCAGCGAAUGACGCCGUCAAAGAACUCUCCCUCACUAGUAGUAGGACGGAAGGCCGACUCGCAUGGGCUUAUUAUACUGAGGUGCAGCAUAACCUGGACACCGACGCAUCAUACAUCGUCAAGCUCGAGAAGUUGGCACGAGUCCCAACUCCCGAGGACUUGACGGACGAGUUCAAGCGACAUGGCGCACAGCGGCUUGCACACUACCACGUCAUUCGGGGUAGCAUGGAAAGGGCCCAGGAUACGCUACGUCCAUACCUCAAGGCCGACCUCGCUCUUCUCUCUGACAACCGUCCACUCAAUGAUUGGGAAGGCUUGGUCCCUGGUCAGCCCGUAUCCCAAGUACUCGGACAACCCCGGGAAACCCCGGGGGCAAUGGAUAUCUUUUGCGCGGGGGGCUGUGAGACCCACUGGACCCAUGCGGAUGAUCUCUAUGUGUGCAAAACUUGGCCAGGUGUUCAUUACGACAAAGCCUGCGCGGACAAACUGCGGGCGGGGACGCUCGCGGUGGAGAUCUGCAGCCAUGAUUACGAGUUACUGCAUGCUCCGCCAUAUGAUCCCAUCGCCCAAGCGAGGAUCGGCGAGGGCAAUGUCUGCGUGGGCGGGGAGGUCCUCAGUGUCAAGGCAUGGCUUGGGCGAAUUAGAUAG